CUCUAGCGCCUUUGCCUCGCUUUUUCUCUUUUGCAGCCGACUCCUGCCCUCGGCGCCUCCCCCCGGGUCUCAGGCCCAGCACUUCCGGUGAGCCUCCUGGGCGUCGGAGCCGAGGAGGCGGCGGCGGAGGCUGUGGGGAGAGCGGUCGGUGGGCUCCCAUCGGAGCUUUCCCUGGGCGAAGCGGCGUCUGCGAGGCAGAGGUGUCCAUCAUGUUUUCUUUCAACAUGUUUGACCACCCGAUUCCCCGGGUCUUCCAGAACCGCUUCUCCACACAGUACCGCUGCUUCUCCGUGUCCAUGCUCGCGGGGCCGAAUGACAGGUCAGAUGUGGAGAAAGGAGGGAAGAUAAUUAUGCCUCCUUCAGCCUUAGAUCAACUCAGCCGACUCAACAUUACCUACCCGAUGCUGUUCAAGCUGACCAACAAGAACUCGGACCGCAUGACGCACUGUGGCGUGCUGGAGUUCGUGGCCGACGAAGGCAUCUGCUACCUCCCACAUUGGAUGAUGCAGAAUUUGCUCUUGGAAGAAGGGGGCCUGGUUCAGGUGGAGAGUGUCAACCUUCAAGUGGCCACAUACUCCAAAUUCCAGCCUCAGAGCCCUGACUUCCUGGACAUCACCAACCCCAAAGCAGUAUUAGAAAACGCAUUGAGAAACUUUGCCUGUCUGACCACCGGGGAUGUGAUUGCCAUUAACUACAAUGAGAAGAUCUAUGAACUUCGGGUAAUGGAGACUAAGCCUGACAAGGCCGUGUCCAUCAUCGAGUGUGACAUGAAUGUGGACUUUGAUGCUCCCCUGGGCUACAAAGAGCCUGAAAGACAAGUCCAGCACGAGGAGUCAACCGAAGGUGAAGCUGACCAUAGCGGCUAUGCUGGAGAGCUGGGCUUCCGUGCCUUCUCUGGCUCCGGGAAUAGACUGGAUGGGAAGAAGAAAGGUGUGGAGCCCAGCCCUUCCCCAAUCAAACCUGGAGACAUUAAAAGAGGAAUUCCCAAUUAUGAAUUUAAACUUGGUAAGAUCACUUUCAUCAGAAAUUCACGUCCACUGGUCAAAAAGGUUGAGGAAGAUGAAGCUGGAGGCAGAUUCGUCGCUUUCUCUGGAGAAGGACAGUCGUUGCGUAAAAAGGGAAGAAAGCCCUAAGUUGGGACUCUUGGCUGAUUGGAAAAUAAAAUGAUAAAUUGCAACAUAAUGGCUUUUAGUUACUGGCUCUGACGGGGCUGAGACUAUCGCAGAGGAUGCUCUCUCACUUUAGGUUGGUUUAGAGUUCCUGAGAAUUAGCGAGUUUGACCUGGAUGUGGAACGGCAGGACUUCUCGGUUGUGUGCUUGAUUUGGAGGAAGAAAAAGCUGUCUUUGAGGUUCCUUCUUCGCCAUUUCUUUCAGCCCUGGGUGCGCUCCUACUGCCUCAGCGGAAGCAGAGUUCCCUAAUUCCUGAUAAAAACCAGUAGAGGGGAUUGAAUUGCUGUAACUUGUGGUGUUCUCUUUCUUUUUUUAUUUAUCCUUUUUCCUUUCUUUUUCCAGGUCUAUAACUUGGAUGUUGCCUUUGGCCUAGAAAAAAGUGAUUUAAAUAGAUACUUGUCUAUAAAGAGUGGUUAGCCCAUUACCCUGGCUGCAAUUUAAGUAUCUGAGGAAAGGUGUUUCUAUUUUUAUUUUACAUAUUGAUUUUUUUCAAAAGAACCAUUCAUCAGGAGGAAAUCCUGAAGCAUUUCCACUUUUAUUUUGAUUUCGUUUGGAAAUAACUGGCUCCUUAAUCUGUUCUAUGGUAAAAUAACUUUGUGGUGAAGCACAAAUGUAAAUAUUAGAAUAAAUAAAAGCUAAAGAUACGUUCCUCUUUCUCCUUCCCUA